GCGCGGAUCGCUGUGAUCGGCCCGCCCGGCUCGGCCGCCGCCGCCGCCUGCCUUCCGCUGAGCGGGACGGAGCCAGCGCCGCCAUGGGGACCCGCGACGACGAGUACGACUAUCUCUUCAAAGUGGUGCUGAUUGGCGACUCCGGCGUGGGGAAGAGCAAUCUACUCUCCCGUUUCACGCGGAACGAGUUCAACCUGGAGAGCAAAAGCACCAUCGGGGUGGAGUUUGCCACUAGAAGCAUCCAGGUGGACGGGAAGACGAUCAAGGCCCAGAUCUGGGACACGGCGGGCCAGGAGCGCUACCGAGCCAUCACCUCUGCCUAUUACCGUGGUGCUGUUGGGGCACUUCUGGUUUAUGACAUUGCCAAGCAUCUGACGUACGAGAACGUGGAGCGUUGGCUGAAGGAGCUCCGGGAUCACGCAGACAACAAUAUUGUCAUUAUGCUGGUGGGGAACAAGAGCGACCUGCGCCACCUGAGGGCUGUGCCAACGGAUGAGGCCCGUGCUUUCGCAGAAAAAAACCAUCUGUCAUUCAUCGAAACUUCAGCACUUGACUCAACAAAUGUCGAAGAAGCCUUCAAGAACAUCCUUACAGAGAUUUACCGCAUCGUGUCGCAGAAGCAGAUUGCAGACCGGUCCGCCCAUGACGAGUCUCCUGGAAACAAUGUGGUGGACAUCAGUGUGCCCCCCACCACCGACGGACAGAAAUCCAAUAAACUCCAGUGCUGCCAGAACCUGUGACAUCCCUCAGCUGCUGCCUGUCCUUUCCUUGGUCUGUUCUUCACUUGGAGACACGUGCGCACUUCCCUGGCAUCUCUCCUGUCCUUUGCUGACUCCUCUUUCCUCCCUUCCAUUUUAGAGCAUUAUCAAGAGGGCUAACAUUCCCUUGCCUGUGACUAGUUAUGAAUGUAACGAUGGGGAUGGGAGCAGUUUGAAAUUCCGCAUUGAGCCAGGAAAUGUUUUCGUGUGUGUGUGUGUGUGUGUGUGUGUGUGUUGUUUCUAAGAAUGGGAAGGAUGUGGGCUUUUUGUUCCAACAGAAGAAACCACUGUGCUUGAGGAAAAUACAGGGAGUGCUGUCCUUUGUUUCCAUUGAGGCUGUUUUGCAGGCACAAAGAACUUUUAAAUCAAGGAAGAAUCCAGAACCACUUUGGUAGUGGUCUUAUGUCCUGUUUGUGUAUACAAACACCUGCACACUCACACCUGAACUUCAUUGAUGAGAACAUGGUUCUCCGACUUGUUCACCUCCCUCUCUCUGGUCUCCUUUCCUGUUCUAAUGCAAGUGAGUUGGGUUGUGUAGCCUUCCUUGUUUUCCCUCAGACCAGCCCACUUCUUUCUCUUGGUUUCCCCCCUUCAGUCUGGGACAGUGGAGUAUGUCUGUGCGCAGUGAUUUCAGCCUUCUCCCGAGCCGCCACCAAGGCUGGGUGCAGGCCCUGGGAACUGGCUCCGAGAGGUCACUUUCUGGCAUUAUGCUAAUGAAUUUAAUGUAUGAAGUGCCAGCUGACGGCUUUCUGGGAGCUGCCUUGCGAUCCCUCUUCACCGUAGGAAUGCUUCCUCAAGUAUCUCCAGGAUUCUGUCAUUGCAUGUUGCUUUCCUCCUCAGCCUUUCUCUGCCCUUCAAACCCCUUUGGAUUGAGUGUGAAGCAAUAUUUUUCAUGCCAUGUACAUAACUUGCACUGGUAAGGUUACUUGGAUGAAUAGAUGUAGAGAAUUAGAUACUCGAUAGCUCCUUUUUUGUAACAUUUGAGCAUCUUGGAAUUUGUAUUAUCCCCUUGCAGGUCAUUUGCUCAAGCGUCUGUAGCCACCCUUUUGAAGCCCACCCUCCCUGGCUUGUUUCUCUCUCAUCUUGCUCCCCUGAGGGUUUCAGGCUUUUUCUCCCUAAAUUCUUACCGUACUCAGUGUAGUGGAAAUCUAACAGUGGCAGGGUUAAAAUACCAUGUAUCCCAAAUAAGAAUAUUUGCUAGGAAGCCAUCAUUUGCAAGAAAGGAUCUUGGUUCCAGUGAACUUCCUGUCUUCCUCUAGUUCUUGUGCUGUUCAGUUUUUGAAGCAAGGAUGAAAUAGCUGGUGGGGUGUGGAUUUCCAAGUAGUCACAACGGUCUCCGGCCAGGAGGCAGUUACUGCUGGGCGGCUGGCAGCAGCAUGUGUGUGUUUUGCAAGCAGAAUUUUGGUCUUGCCCCGUUCACUUGGGGCAUGUUCAUGCGAGCAGGACAGCUGCCAUAGCUUCUGUUUUCCUGGUUGGCCAAAAAUACUUUAGAAGAUAACUCCUACAUUCCUCUAAGCUCUUGCCUAGAUUCUUAAUCAGACAUGUUUUUCAGCCAGUUGACAAAAUGAAAAAAAAUCCCAUUUUGCUGUUGAAGUCUUUUAACCUCUGAUCUAUUGAGAAAACCUCUUUAAGGAUGGCCUGGGAAGGAAGGAGGGAAGGAGUCUGUGGUACUCUGCCAGCUGAUCUCUGGAACGGAGAUGGCCUUUCCCUGAGAUUGGCAGCCUGCUUUUCAAGUGGGGUUGUUGAGUCAUAAUGCAUGCAAGAAAACAAGAUAAUUUAUUUUGGAGCCUGGCCAUUUAUCCCUCUUUGGUUGUUGAAUGAUACUGCAGUCUGGCCCAAGCCACAAAGACUUUGUCAACAUGGCUCAGAGAAGCGGGGAGGGUGGCUUGGUUUGAGGCAAGUUCCAGAGGCAGGCCAGCUGCUCAGGCCUCCUUGCUUAUCCCAGAGCUUUUCUUGGAGCCAUUCCGUCUUUGGGAAGUGCUGCCCAGGGCGCUUCCGGUCGGCAGGGAGGUGGUGCCGGUUGCUGUCAUCUCAGUGCUUUUUUCAGUCGCAUCUGCACGUUAUGGGGGAUUUGUUUCUUCCUCUGACCAAGGCAGUCCAGAGUGCCUAGGGAACGUGGCUCCCUGUGCAAUAAGUCAGCAGCUGGUCCCUUCCUUGAGCGCUGCUGACCGGCCCAGUUAGUGCGUCCACACCAGUCCUGGAGCCCCUUUUCCACCCUGGAUCCAAAUACCUAGACAUCCUGGUAGAAGGGAUCGUUUUUCGCUUCCAGGCUUAUGGGGGAGGUUUCACUGUGGGGUUAAAGGCUAUCCUCUUCCUUGGGCCCUGUGCUCCACCUCACCUUGCAUCCAAAUCUAGCUUUGGAAUAGCCACUGGGUUCUUCUUCCCAAAGCAAGGAGUCCGUCUCAAAUGACUCCCCUCCGUUCUUUGACUUUGGUUCUGGAGGCUUGGCUCAAGGGAGCUGAGAAGUAAUUCCAAGAAGACCAAAAACAGCCCCUAAAAGGAUGGAGGGAGGGAAGAAGAAUUGGAGGAAGAAAUCCCCAUGGAAGACCUCAACCACCCUUCCAAGGAGGGCGGGUUAUUAGUUCACACACUACAUGUUUGUAUUUUUAAAUAACUGUUCCAUGGUAAUAUCGCCCUGCUCUGGAUAGCAGUCUGACUAAACUAAAUAGGAGAAAUGUGGAUGCCCCCUACUCUCUUUUGUGCUCCUUUGCCUGAGUUGGUUAUUCUCAUUCCUUAGACUUGCUGCUGCUAACUCUCUGUUGCCCCUUCUGCUGCUGGAACCCCUGGUGCUGAAGACCCCAGGGCUAAGGACGAGGAGAAGGAAUUCCUGGGCUGCUUCUGCCUGGCCCCUGCUUUGGGGGAAAUGCUGCUGAGGCCCCUUUCCCUCCGGGGUGUAGAGGGCGCGCUCCCCCAGCCCUUUGCUGCUUUGUGAGCAAGGAGGGUUGCCAGAAGGAUCUCUGGCCCUGAGCAACAGGGGAAGUAAACCCCUUGAGGUCUCUCUGCCUCGAGAACAUGAGCUCAAAAGUGAGGUCUCUCUGAUGAAAACAGCCACCGUUGGGAGGGCCCUAAGGAGGGCAAUGUGGCAGUUCUGACUUGGGGGAUGCAGCAAGGGCUCCCCCGCCAAAAUGCUGGGGCUUGGAAUCAGCCACAGGGCGCUGGUAAAACUCUGGAAAGGCUGUGAACCCUUUUCCCUUGCUUGGUUGAAUGCUCCUGGGGCCAGUAAAAUCUCUGGAGGUCAUGCUGUGACGGAGGAGUCAAGGUUUUUUCUCUCGUUUGCUUCCUGCAGAUUCCUUGUUAAGUGCAAUUCCCCCUGUAAAUAGUCCCUUGGAUUUUGUGCAUGGCUAUUCUGUACUGUGGAUAUAUAAAGAUUGCCAAACCAAA